AUGGCUACACAAUUUUCUAUGCAGCAAUUUUACAGACCUACGCCUCUGACGGUGGAUGCACACCAUGCCCAACAGAAGUAUUUUGAAGAAGACGACAAAGGUGGUAUAUUAGAUGACAGCGGCCUUGAACACGGUGUUGACUCUGGUCUGGAUCUAUCACCACCCAUGGCCAACAGCCGAAGGGAGUCAUUUGCCGUCAGCAGCACACUCUUCUCCCCCAAGACAGAAGACUGGCAGUCUGUAGACAUGCAGUCGGUGCCAUCAAACCCCUUCCCGGACCAGAACGGCGGAAAUAACAUGAACGGCCCCAACCCUUUCAUGCAAUCACAGGGUCAGGUUUUCUCCCAACAUGGCAACCAAUGGGGCAUGGGUAACGGCUCGGGCUCUGAUAACUCGAUGCAGCAGUUCGCAAAUGUGCCUACAGCAUUUGAUGCUAGCAACUCUGUCUUUCAGAGGCCAGUACCAAACCAGAACCCGUUCCAUAACCCCGGCAACAUGUUCGCCUCUCUUCACCAUGGCGAUCAGUCGAUGCCAACUUCUCCCCAGAAGGAGUGGAUGAUGCCUGCCCAAGCCGUGAACAAGAAGAUGCAACCGGGAAGCCCGAUGAUUCGGUCACACAACGAACUGAGGCGAGGAGAUGGUAUCCGCAAGAAGAAUGCCCGCUUCGACAUCCCGGCUGAGCGCAACCUGAGCAAUAUUGAUUCGCUUAUUUCUCAGUCGACCGAUGAACAAGAGAUCAAGGAGCUGAAGCAGCAAAAGCGCUUGCUCAGAAACCGCCAAGCAGCCCUUGACUCAAGACAACGCAAGAAGCAGCAUACUGAACGACUGGAAGACGAGAAAAAACAGUACACAGUACUCAUGACUGAUAUGGAGGAAGAAAUUUCUGCUCUAAAGGACAAAUUUGAAGUGCUACUACAGGAGAAGCAAAAUCUGAUGGGCUUCGUCGAGGCAUUGCGUCUUGAGAAGGAUGACAUGAUUCGCGCGCACACCCUCGAGACCGGCGAACUGCGAAAGAAAGUUAAUGUUCUCACGGAACAUGUCCAAAGACUCGAAAGCCAACCCAUGACCGGUUCAGGUCCUGGGGCCAACGAUGGCUUCUCUGAUAGCUUUGGGGGCAUGGAAGGAAUGGGAAUGCCUGGAGCCUGGGACAACCCCAACUUCCUCAAUGACUAUUCCACAGAACCGCAGCAGGUCAGACCGCAAACCUCGCUUGUGCCCGUCAAGAAGAAUGAAAGCUCCGUCAAUGUCGGCGACGGCGAGAAGUCUGGCUCACAGGGAGGUUUGCUGUUUAUGCUCUUCCUUGUUGGCGCAUUUGUCAUGUCCAGCCGAUCGGUGCCAGCUAUUCCACGCGUAUCUGAAGAUGUCCGGGCUGCGUCAGCUACUCUCCUUGACAAUGUCCUCAAGGAUGCGGGUAUCAAUUCGGCGUCAGCGGGAAUGCAAGCACUCGCUCCUCAGCCAUCCAGUGCGAACUGGGUUCACACCCGGAUCUCAAACUCAGGCAUGGGCGACAUCAGUAUGGACGGCACUGCUCCAUCGAUGCUCGAAGAACUCGGCGAUUCUUUGACUCAGCCUACUCAGGAUCAGAUGAAUGAGCAAAUCUUUUCUCUUUCGGCAGCCCAGUACGACGGGGUGAACAAUCAAGAAUUUUUGCAAAAUGCACCGGAAAGAUCUACAAGUCAAGGACGCAAGAACCUCGCAGACGCGCUAACAGCCAUGCGAGCAGCCAACAAGCAAGGCGGUGCCGCUGAUGUGUAUACUCGUUCGCUUCUCUGGGACCAGAUUCCCGGCGAUGUGGUUCGAAAUUUUGCCAAAAUGGUUGCGGAAUGCAACAACGCACAGAAUGAGCAGCAAUGCAACGAAUCACAAUGA